AGGUGCUGUUGAAAUACAUGUGAAGAGCUCUCUAUACUUUUCAAUAUGUUGCUUUUGUGAUUUUCAUAGUAAAAUUGGCAAGUAUUAGAAAAUAAUUAAUUAUAAAUACAGCACAUGCACAGUUACCGUAUUUAUCGGCAUAUAACAUGCUCCGGCGUAUAACACGCACCUCAUUUUAAGAAGGAAAUUUCAGGGAAAAAAAACUUAAGUUAUAUCGGCGUAUAACACGCACACAUCAUUUGCCCCCUAUUUUCAGGGAGAAAAAGUGCGUGUUAUACGCCGAUAAAUACGGUAGUUUAAAUUUUAUUUUUAAUUCAUCUUGGACUCAAUAAUACGUUUCUUAAAAAAUAAGCUGACAUUGUGCUGAAAAGUCUUAAUAAAUAUUUUGAAAGACAAGCCUGAUGUCACAUCAUAUAUUUUGUUUACAGAUAUAUUUAUAAAGAAUUUUGAAAUUAUCAUUUAUCUUUAAAUCAUUCCAUUUGAUUCCUAGUUUUUAUCAUCAUCUUCAUGUCCCUUAGUCCUUGGACCGUUGGGGCGCCACAGAUGACAUGAAAACUAUCCUUCUCCAUUCCUCUGUUUUCUGCACUUUGCACAGCAUCUUCUAGUUUUAGUCCCGUCCACUCUUUGACGUUAUCUUUCCAUCUUUUUCUCUGUCUUCCUCUUCUUCUCCCUCCUCUCAUUUUGCCAUGCAUGAUUUCUUUGGCGAGCCCUUGUUUUCUUGUUAUGUGGCCAUACCAUUCCAGUUUUCGCUUUUUUACAGUCCCCAGGAGGUCAUCGUACUGCCCAAUUGCUUGACAAACCCUUUCUUUCACUUGUUCAUUGAAGAUAUGAUAUCUAUAGCAGAUGCCAAGAAUGGUUCUCUCAUCUCCAUUGCCUUUUUUUGUCUUUCAAGUUCUGCUGUUAAUGUCCAGGACUCGUAGGCAUACAAGAAAAUAAAGAAGACUAAUGAGUGCAUCAGCCCGAUUUUUGUGCUGGGGGCUAUAUUUUUGUUGUUCCAUAUUUUUAAGCCUUGUUAGUGCUGUUAUAGUCUGGGCAAUCCUGGACAUCAAUUCGGGCUUAGAGCCUUCUUCUGAGAAUACUGCUCCUAGGUACUUGAAGCUGCCUACUGUCUCUAAUCUUUCCUCCCCGACCUAGUUUUCACCUGCUCCAUUUAUAGCACAUUUUAAAAUCCAUUAUAUAAACUUCCCUUCUGUGUGUUUCUUUGUGGCCUCAAAAUCUUCCGAAAGCUAAUUGACCCACUUUCCAUCAUUCUAUUGAGCUUGAAACACAUUCUUUCAAACUUUCAGCCCCGCCCCCAACUCCCCAAAAAAAAUUGUUUCCUAUUUUUUAAAGGGAAGAUAAAUCAAUAUGAUUUGUUCAAUAGGUACAUGUUUUGGAGUCGAGAUUAAUUGUGUAGAUGUUGCUAUGUUCUUUGUACUUGUGGCUUAUUUGGGUUUAAAUAAAUCUUUCGUCUUUUAGGUUUUACAUGCACUAAGUUUGAUAAAAACCAUUGCCAUACCAAAAAUAUGUUGCUACACUCCCAUAAAUGAUUAAAUGCAGGCUACAAUUCCAUAAAUGCAAACAGAAAUGUAUAUAAAGGAUUUAUUUAAAAAACUUUGUUAUUUGUGUGUUUUUUUUAAUUUAUUCUUCACAGGCUUCACACCUUGUUCUAAACAAUGGAACUUGUGGUUGCCAUAGCAAUAGGUAUAUUGGCACUAGUGUUUGUUGCUGCCUUUGUGACACUGGUGCUUUUAUUGAGAUACAAAUGUAAAAAAGUCGACCACAUCACCGAAGAACAUAAUAAAGAAUCCAGGUGAAAUUUUUUUUCCUUUAUUUAUUUACUGAAAAUUAAACAGGUGUGGUUUUUAAAGGACGUCCACAAAGAGGUGAGGGUUUUUGCUCAAAUGUAGACAACUGUGAACAAAAGGAAGGGUGGAUUUAAAGGAUAUCUGCAAGCUAUAAUAUUUUCUUGUGUGCUACAUUAGGCCCACUCAGGGUAUGCUAGUAUGUUUGAAUUUUUAAUUGCAGAAAUAUCUUUGGCUAAUCUAUUUUCAACCUUGUGAAAUAAUUACUAUCUUAAAAGGACCAAGAAUUUAGUAAAAUUUCUUGAUAGAGACCCCGCUAAACAUUUGAUUGCUAAUUAUCAAAAGCAAUCAAUGUGAGUUUGGACUUUAAUAAAAUAUUCUAUAAAUCUCGGGUCUGGUUGACUUUGUUUUAAUGAUUUAUAUCAUCAGAAUUAUUUAGAAGUUUAAAUCUAGAUACUCUUGCUCUUUACACUUUACAUCCUGGCAUGUGCUCUUUACACUUCCUGGCAUGUGACACUGUAAAAUUCUGGAUGCUGACAUCCGCAACUGGGAAAAGAGUGGGGUGGGCGGCAGUUUGUAAGCCACAUGCAGAUAAGUGUGGACAAGGGGGUUUUGAGGGUGGAAAAGAUGCAUAAUUUUUGUGGGCAUCUUUUGUGAACAGCCCCAUAGCGAAUCAAAUACUGUGUAUACUAAUUAAGAAAUUAUUUAUUUUUUAGGCAAGAUGCUCAUCUUAUUGUGGAAACUCCAGAUGUGGUGGGCUUUCAGUCAGGUGCUGAUGUUGAAUUGGGAGAUGUCCAGAUUACAAAUCCUAAACUUGAAGAACUUCUCAACAAUGAAGAAUGGGUGGACGACGCAACGUAAGGGGUUUUUUUUUUUGGUCACCUUUUCACAUGUGAAUUUUUAAACUUGUUAUCCUUUCAAGUUAUUAAUAUAUUAUUUAGAGCAGAAAAUGACAUGAACAUAUUUGACAUUUGUGUAAAUAUGAUUGUAUUAGUAACAGAGAAUGUUGGAAAAUAUAAACUCUUUAAAAAACCUUUAAAAUAUUCAGAAGUCUCAUAUAGAUAUUUCUCUGUAGAGGAUUGGUUCCCCACUGCUUAUCAAUUUUGAAGACCUGCCACCAUCUGACAGAGAAGCUCGUUGGUAUGACAAUGGGGAAUGCACCCAACAUCCACACUCAGGAGACAUUGACUGAAAUAGUAUCUGCCACCAAGCGCAUCAACCCCCGUGUGGAUGAAGUUGUUCAGUCAUUCAAUCAUCCCUUAGACCCAAGGCUUUUAGAAGCCAGGUAAUUAAUGGUAAUUUAUAAAUGAUUAUCUCAGGAUAUUUAGCCAUUCUCUUUUUACUAUUUUUAGCGUUUUACAUAAUCAGAGGGAAAGACUUAUUUUAAACAGUUUAUGGAAUCCUAGAAGUUAUAUUGUUUUGGUGAUGGAAGUAUUUCUUGUUUUAAGAUGAUUCUCAUAAACUAAUAUUUAAAUUGAUCUUUUCAGGAAUCAAAACCUAAUAAAAAUAAUUUUAAAAUGUGUCAAGCAAUAUAGUAUUCAUUACAGAAUAUUGUUUUAUUUGAGUAGCAGAGUCUAUUAAAUAUUUGGCUUUUCAUAAUAAGGUAAAAGACAAAUAUUGUUCAGAUUUGUUCUCUAAUCUAAAGGCUUAUUUAUGAAUAUUUUGAAAACAUUAAUUCCAACAGGUUCACUGCUCUGGUGCUGUCUGUUAGCCACCUGGUAAUGAUUACUAAGAAUGCCUGUCGAAUGUCUGGCACCCUCGACUGGAUAGAUCAGAGUCUUGCUGAUGUUGAGGAUCACCUGAGAGUAAGUCAUUAUUUGUCAUUAAAAGCCUUUGAGUUAUCAGACUUUGAGUUUUAAUGGUACAAGAGUGCAAAUUUUAAUUUUAAUAUUUGUUGACUGUAAAUAGUUUAAAAUAAAAAUAACACAACAUGAAACUUUGCAACGUAUAGUUCAUUUGAAAAUUUUAGUUUAUUAUAAAGCCAUUGAGGAGGCUGUUCCCAGGCAACCGUUUAGUCCCGUUUAGCUAUUUCGUAAACAAAUAAGGUGGUAGAAACUCACUGUAGAAAUCUCUAUUAGAGGGCCUCUGAUGCUUGUCCGGGAUGGGCAGGCGGAUAUAUUAGGACGUAAAUUCACUAUCACGACUACUAGGAAAGUUAACUGCUGACGUUGUGAAAGCACCAUCACUGGCCAUCCAGAUGUCCUUUGGCUGGGAUGGCCCCCGUUAUUGAUCAAUCGAGUGAGUGCGGGCAGGGGGUGGGGGGGCUGUCCUGUCCCAACAUGCCACUUCAUGGCCCAAAAAUUGGGGGACUUUUUGGACUUAUGGGAGGGUACUUUGGGGAGGGCAUUAAGAGCUUGUAUUAGCUUGACGGCUCACUGACGCCAUUUCCAAAUGUACAUUUUCAAUUCAUUUUUAAGCUAGUAUCUUUUUAUUAUUAUUUUUUUUAUAUUUACAAACUGUUGAUGAUUGUUUUAGGUUCUUCGUGAAGCAAGCAUAAAUUUGGAAGCAUACCAUCAGGCUCUUGCCAACACAACUCAAUGCCUACCGUUACAUGCUGAAAACACAAGCCAGCUGCCUGCCGGUGAGACUGUUCAAGUUAAGAGUGAUAUUUCUCAGCUGUAGCACUACUGAAAGUCAGUACUAUUUGCUUCAUGAUUUAAUUGUAAUAACUUUAUACUAUACACAUGCCAUUGUUUCCAGCUGCCAUUUGCUUUAAUGAAACUUGUCUUUUCAAAAACUGUUAAAAAGUUUUAGGAUAUUAAUUUCCCACACAGUAGUCAAAUGCUAACAAUUUAUUUCCUUUUUUUUUAAAUUUGAUUUGGCAUUAAUAAUUAAUUCAUAACAAAUAAUAGUUUCAGGUAUUUAAAAAACGUGAGGCACAGAUUAAUGUGCAAACAAUUUCAGUAGAAUUAAAAAUCUGCCGUUGAUUGACAUUUCAAUUUAGUUUGGACCUAAAUUUUUUUUUUUGGUUUGACUGAUAUUGAGCAUAUCAAUACCUAUUUUAAAAGAAAAUCACUUCUGCAAAUAUCUAGCACAGACCAAUGCAAUCUGCAUUGUUUCGAUAUCUUGUUUGUUUCUUUUCUAUUUCUCAGUUAAACUUUUUAAGAGCUAUUUUUAAAUCAGACUUUUACAUGGAAGAGUGGUACUUCAUUGUUUAUAAGCGAAACCAAGGUAUAUUUGUUGCCAUAAAUUUGAAAAAUUAUUUUAAUAAUUUUCUUCGCUUUUUUUUCCUACUGUUGCUAUGGCUACUCUAGGCCCUAGUAGGUGAGUAAGUUUCAUUAAGAUUAACAGCUCAAAAAGCUUUGGAAUUGUUUUAUACUAUUUCUUUUGAUAGUGAAGAUCAUUUAUAUUUAGAUUCAUCGCAUGAUUCCGAAAGUAGUAGUUUUAAAGGAUUUGAGUUAUAGAAAUUAAGAUGAGGUAUGCGUACAUCAUAGGGUUUGGGGAAAAAAUUGUUUAGCAUGUAAUGUUUUCUCAUUUUAUGGUUCUUUUCUUUAACUUAUUUUAUUUAAACUAAAGAAAUAAGUUUACAAACAUAUAGUUCUUUCAAUCAUCUUUCAUUUGAUACCAAGUUUAGUCUUAUGAACCAAACAAUAAUAUUUUAAAUAUUUUUUCAAUAAACCCAGCCUCUUACUCUUUUUUGCUCUUGGAAAAAUUUUUUUAAUUUUUUCAAUUAAAAAAUUCCGCAGCGG